AUGAACAACUGUUUUCAAUGCUCAGAAGAAAAAUACCCAAGCAAGGAGCAAGAUCGAUGUCUUCCCAAAAGAAGAAACUUUCUGUCAUAUGGAGAAGGCUUAGGCGUCACUUUCACUUCACUUGCAGUUGUCUUGUCCCUCAUCAAUGCUGCAGUGUUAGGAAUUUUCAUAAAGCAGAGAGAGACCCCCCUUGUCAAAGCCAACAACCGAGACCUCACCUACACUCUCCUCAUCUCUCUACUCUUCUGCUUCCUCUGCCCUCUGCUGUUCCUUGGCCAACCAAGGGAAGGCACCUGCCUUCUCCAACAACCAGCUUUUGGGAUGGUCUUCUCUCUGGCUAUUUCCUGUGUGUUAGCUAAAACCAUCCUUGUCUCUCUCGCCUUCAUGGCCACAAAACCCGGGUCAACCGCAAAGAAAUGGAUAGGGAAAAAAUUGGCCCUUUCCAUUGUCUUUUCUGGCUCUGUCAUUCAAAUAGGCAUUUGUCUGUUUUGGUUGGCAAGUUCUCCCCCAUUCCCUGAUUUAGAUAUGGACUCAGUUAUUGAGGAAGCCAUUCUGCAGUGUAAUGAAGGGUCUCCCGCCAUGUUUUAUCUUGUCUUGGGCUACAUGGGCCUCUUGGCUACUGCCAGCUUCAUUGUUGCCUUCCAUGCCCGAAAAUUACCUGACAGUUUCAAUGAAGCCAAGUUCAUCACCUUCAGCAUGUUAGUGUUUUGCAGCGUCUGGAUAUCCUUUCUUCCCACCUACUUGAGCUCCAAGGGGAAAGACAUGGUGGCCAUGGAGGUCUUCUCCAUUUUGACCUCCAGUGCUGGGUUACUGGCUUUCAUCUUUUUCCCUAAAUGCUACAUCAUUGUGCUGAAACCUCAUUUGAAUGACAGAGAAUUAUUAAUUAGGAGAAAAUAA